AUGUCACAAUACUCGGCCAACCUUAACAUCAUUAACCCCAUGUAUGGGACUGCGGAGCCUAUCGAAGAUGCAUUCGACCAGAGCAACCUUGAUCUUUUUGCAAAUGCAGACUUCUUUGAUUGGGACAUGGGCCAGUCGAUACACACUGCCGUAGGAGGAAACGAAACAGAUAGGGAUGGUGAUAAAAAAAUGGAGACGUCUACUUCUACUUCUGCUACUUCACUUGAUGUCUUCGGCGGGGACGCCAGUCUUGAGAGCUACAUGAAUUCCGUUGACUUCUCCCAACUCUCUUCGUUCAUGAUGAGCGACUUCCCUCAUCCUCCUCCUCCUCCUCCUCAGCAGAGCUCUCACAUUUCCUCUGCUUCCUCUAUUUCGCAGCCCUCGCACGGCCAUCAGCGGCCUCGGAACCUUGCCAUUCUCCCUCAGCCUUCGCAUGCUUCACAUGCCCUCGCUCAAAAUGGUUCUUCAUCCAGUUAUAAUUCUCCGAUAUCACCUGCAACCUCAAUCAUCAAUCCGAAUCCCUUGAAGAGGAAGUCUUCUACCCUUGGCCUGGAUUCUUCGCCUCGCUCCCUUGAGGAAUCUUCAAGGGUAGCAGCCGAAGAGGAUAAGCGACGUAGGAAUACCGCUGCAUCCGCUAGGUUCCGAGUUAAGAAGAAGCAAAGGGAACAGGCCCUUGAAAGUCAUGCCAAGGAUCUUGAGACCAAGCUCCAGGAACUCAGCGGCAAGGUUACCACUCUCGAGAACGAGAACAAGUGGUUGAAGGACCUCCUUAUGGAGAAGCAUGGCUCUAACGAGGACUUCAUAAGGCUCAUUAAGUCGGCUCCAUUCCCUUUAUCGUCUUUGGCAAAGGCGGCAGCGGAAGCGGAAGCGGAAGAGGAAGAAGAUGAUGACGACGACGAGGAGGAUGAAUAG